GCCUCCCGAGGGGAGAAAUUUGAAAAACCCCCCGAAGUGGCCGUUUGGAAACCUCCCCAAAAGCGAGCUCAAAAAAACCUUCUUCCGCAACGCACCAGAGCAGAGCAGCUUCAAAAGUCCCGACUUCAAUGCAGCCUCACCCUCCUUAACUCUCUCUCUCUCUCUCUACUCUCUCUCUAAACCGAGACAACAGAAGCAAGAAGAAGAAGAAGUUGGUCGGGAGAGCAAGAUAAGAGGACAGGAACAGGAACGAGGACCAGCCAUUUUACAGAGGGAGAUGACGGGGCCAGUGAUGGUGACGAAGAGCGGCGGUUGCGGCAGCGGCGGAGGCGGCGGGGAGCGCAAGAAGGCGAAGACGGCCGCCGCGGCGGCCGCAGCGGCGGAGGAGGAGCAGAACCAGCUCUCGGUGCUGGCCCUCCUGGCGACGGCGCUGAGGAAGUCGAUGGCCUCCUGCAGAGUCGAACGGGGCGAGGAGAUGAUGGCGGCGGCGACGGCCACGGUCGUGACCCACCACAUGGAGAUCGGGUGGCCGACGAACGUUCGCCACGUCACCCACGUCACCUUCGACCGGUUCCACGGGUUCCUGGGCCUCCCCGUGGAGUUCGAGGUCGAGAUCCCUUGCCGGGUCCCCAGCGCGAGUGUCAGUGUGUUUGGAGUCUCGGCUGAGUCGAUGCAGUGCUCGUAUGAUUCACGGGGAAAUAGCGUCCCUUCCAUUCUUUUGCUCAUGCAGGAGCGGCUUUACUCGCAAGGCGGUUUGAAGGCCGAAGGAAUUUUCCGCAUAAACCCGGAGAACAGCAAAGAGGAGCAUGUGAGGGACCAGUUGAACAGGGGCAUUGUGCCCGAUGAUAUCGAUGUUCAUUGUUUGGCAGGUCUAAUCAAAGCCUGGUUCCGAGAGCUCCCCUCUGGCGUGCUCGAUGGGCUUUCCCCGGAACAAGUUCUCCAAUGCAACACUGAAGAAGCAUCUUUCGAGCUAGUGAAGCAGCUAAAGCCAACCGAGUCGGCAUUGCUCAAUUGGGCUGUCGGUCUUAUGGCUGAUGUGGUCGAGGAAGAGGAAUUCAACAAAAUGAAUGCACGAAACAUCGCGAUGGUUUUUGCGCCAAACAUGACUCAGAUGUCCGAUCCAUUGACAGCUCUGAUGCACGCUGUGCAAGUAAUGAACUUGCUCAAGACUCUGAUCAUGAAGACUCUCAGAGAACGUGAAGAGGCUGCUGCUGGAGGAUACUCACCCAUGUCAUCUCAUUCAUCCGGGCAACAGUCCGAUUAUGACUAUGAUAGUCAGCACGAGAUGGAUACCAGCUGUGAAUUAAGAGGGCCAACGUCAGACCUUGAUGACAACGAUGAUGCAAAUGACGGCCACAGCUGCGUGGAAGAAGACGAAGGCAGAUCACUGAGUGAAAUAGAGGAUUGCUUCUUGAGGCAAUUGGAAGAAUGCAAUCAUGCGGAAAAUGCAAAUGUUUCGUCUGAAAGGCCAUCGAGCGAAGUGGAACAAAACGACGGAAGUCCUACAAAUUGCUUGCAUGUCAAUGAUGAGUCGGGUAUUUCGUUCACUGAUAGCAAAAACAGGACUUCCACUUUGACGACUAGCGAUGGAGAAGAUUCUGGGACAAGUUGGAGGAUGGGAGAAGCACAAGUCAUUGACAUAAAGAGUCCACAGAAAGAAUGCGAAAGGACAAACGACAUGGAGAUGGUAGAUUUGUUUUCUCGUAUGCCCUCGGUUGUCUGACCGAACUCUUACUUCCCAUUCUUCGGGAUCAUAGUCUGCAGAUUUCAUGUGCUGUCUUAGAGUCAUGACUUCUUAAUCUUAUGUACAUUAUACUUCUGGGUGUGUUGACUUCGAACAGUGAUUGGGAGUGCUUUUUUGCUAGGGUGGAUUUUUAGGAUCGGGGUUCAGCUCAGGGCUGAGCUGCUGAAAGUUCAUGCUUGUUUCGUAGUUUUCUUAACCAAGGAUCCUCAACCUUGUGAUGGAAAUCUCGCCCGAUUCAAUCUGUACGUGAAAUUGAUGUAGGAGGAGAAUUGGUGAUCCUUCGGUGGAUUACCCACUGAUUGUGCCUUUCCUAGUGAAGUUUUUUCUGUUGUCCAAUUUACAUUAGUCGGAAUUCUUGUG